AUUCGGUGUUUUUUUUCCAGGAGGGAAACUUCGCAAGGUUUUGUCCCGAGUCAGAUACGGUUGCCACUUUAAAAAAUAAAAAGCAAAAGGUUUAUAAAGUCAUAUACAUUUUUAAUCACAAAGAAGGAGCCACAAGUCAUGUCUGGCAUAGCCUUGAGCAGACUCGCCCAGGAGCGCAAGGCCUGGCGGAAAGACCAUCCUUUCGGCUUUGUUGCCGUGCCAACCAAAAACCCAGAUGGAACCAUGAAUCUGAUGAACUGGGAGUGCGCCAUUCCUGGGAAAAAAGGGACCCCAUGGGAGGGUGGCUUGUUUAAACUGCGGAUGCUUUUUAAGGACGACUACCCUUCGUCUCCUCCCAAGUGUAAAUUUGAGCCCCCGUUAUUCCACCCCAAUGUUUACCCCUCGGGUACAGUGUGCCUCUCCAUUUUAGAGGAGGACAAAGACUGGAGGCCGGCCAUCACUAUCAAGCAGAUCCUGUUAGGAAUCCAAGAACUCCUGAAUGAACCCAACAUCCAGGAUCCCGCCCAGGCAGAGGCCUACACCAUUUACUGCCAGAACAGAGUAGAAUAUGAAAAACGGGUCCGAGCACAAGCCAAAAAAUUCUCCCCAUGAAGCGUCAAAAAACAUCCUCAUGAAAGAAUGGAAGGAACCGGUCGGCAAGGUGGUGUUUUUUUACUUUUUUUUUUUUUUUUCUCCCUAUUUUCCCAAAAAUAAUAUCCUUCACGUACUUACUUUUCGCACAUACUUUUACAGGACUUAUUUAAAUCUGAAUCUGUGCUGCCGUUUCUGAUCCUUAGCCGUAAUGUGUCGUGUGCGUGUGUGUGCGUGUGUGUGCGUGUGUGUGCGUGUG